AUGGUGAAUAGAAACCAAAAUGUUGAUGAUAUCAUACGUCAAGUUCGACAUGACGAUGUGGCAGCAGAUAAUAACCUAGCAGCUAUAGUCGAAAGAAUCAUGGUUCAAAACGGGGUAAAUUUCGGCCUUAGAAGGCCAAAUUAUACGUCGGCCUUGUCAGAGUAUAUCUUACAAUCAAAAGCACCCCUUAGAACCAAAAUCCCCAAAUUCACCAAGUUUGCUGGGGAUACUACUAAGUCGAAUGUUGAGCACGUGGCGAGAUAUUUAAUUGAGGUUAGAGAUAUGUCAAAUAAUGAGAGCCUUAGGAUAAAAAAAAAUCCAAGUUCUCUCACAAAGAAUGCUUUCACAUGGUUCAAAACCUUGCCCCAAAAUUUGAUCCACACUUGGAACCAACUGAAAAGAAUGUUCCAUGAACAGUUUUACAUGGGGCAAGCGAAGAUAAGUCUGAAGGAGUUGGCUAGUGUUAGGCGAAAGUUCACUGAGCCAAUUGAUGACUAUCUAAAUAGAUUUCGAUUACUCAAAGCUAGGUGUUUUACGCAAAUACUAGAGCAUGAACUGGUCGAAAUGGCCGCUGGGGGCCUUAACUAUUCGAUUAGAAAGAAAUUAGAUACUCAGUACUUAAGGGAUAUGACUCAAUUGGCUAACAGAGUUCGACAGUUAGAACGUUUAAAGGAAGAAAAGGCUAGGGCGAAUAAAGGUAAAAGGGUAGCCUAUGUCGAUUUCAGGAAUGAUGACGAAGGUUCAUGUCAUGAAUUUCCAGACUUCGACGACAAUGAAAUCGACCUUGCUGAAUUGACACAAGGGCCACCAUAUGCGUGCAAAGUUUUAGCCCCUUUUGAAUGGAAAAAAUCCUGUCGAACCUGA